AUGGGCAUUGAAUCUCGGGAAACUCUUCCAAGUCCGAAUCCACUAACUCUGGAUGGAGUGGAGCAGCUCGCCAAAGCAAAGCUACCGAACAACAUCUACGACUUCUAUGCCUGUGGAUCUGACGAGCAAAAAGCGCUUGCUCGCAAUGAAAAGGCUUUCGACAGACUAUGCAUCAGACCUCGAGUCCUCAGAGAUGUCUCGGAUGUCGACACGUCAACCAGCAUCUUGGGACAUCGGACUUCUUUGCCCAUCGGAAUCGCACCGAGCGCGAUGCAGAAGCUAGCAGGGGGUGAUGGGGAACUUGAUGUUGCACGGGCGGCGGUGAACAUGCGCUUGAACUUAACGCUUUCUUCGCAAUCGACAACGUCGCUAGAGGAUGUUGCGCAAAUACGAUCAGGGACUGAGGAUGCUGGUGUCGGGACACCGCCAUUUUGGAUGCAGAUCUACCUAUACGAGGACGUGCAUAAAAGUGUGAAUUUGAUUCGACGGGCGGAAGCCGCCGGAUACCAGGCGCUCGUCUUGACUGUCGACACGCCAGUCCUGGGAAACCGCCUCGCCGAACGACGAACAGCAGUGACUUUACCACCUGGCAUGGAACUACCGAAUCUCGAACGCAAACCACGAUCAUCUGAGACCCAACCGAGCAUCAACAGAUUAUUGAUGAAUGCAAAAUCCGCAAACGAAGCAAAAUCACUACGUGCGGCUGCUGGCUCAACCAUGCAUAGCUCCAGCUUAACCUGGGAACAAACGAUUGGAUUCCUUCGCUCUGUCACCAAAAUGAAAAUUAUUCUCAAAGGCAUCAUGACGGCCGAGGAUGCAUCCCUGUCGGUUGAGCAUGGCGUGGACGCGAUUAUUGUUUCGAAUCACGGCGGUCGGCAACUGGAUGCUGCUUCCUCGACUAUCGAGGCCCUCCCUGAGAUUGCAGCAGCUGUUCAGAAAAAAGACUACAAUCAUUCUGGAUGGUGGUACUUCGUGCUGAUCGGCCGCCCUGCACUAUGGGGACUGGCCUAUAAUGGCCAUGACGGAGUGGAGGCUGUCAUGAACAUUAUGGAACGGGAGUUGAGCAGGACGAUGGCAUUGGCUGGUGUCAAGAGUGUUGAGGAGAUCACAAAGGACAAACUAGGAGUAGUCCCUCCCGAUGGGUUUGGAAUCGCUAGGCUUUAA